CUUGUUUUUCUGCGUAUUUCAAGCAAAGGAUAUUUCACGUUUUGGAUUAUUGCUGCACUUACACAUCUUUUCUUGUCUGCCUCGCGCCGAUCAAUUGGACAAGAAAAGCGGCAUGGACAUGGGGUGUUGAUUGGAGCUGGUAGGCGAUGUUUGAGGCACAGUGGUUACGGCUUGCAUACGGCUGGCAUCUUCGACAUGGCAUGCAUUGGCGCAUGGUGCGUGUGGACACAUGAAUGUUGUUUUUCGACAUGGACACGAUUUCCCUCUUAA